GUCCAAUUUAGUAAUCCACUGGAAAAAGCUGUAACCUCGCUUAAGAACUAAGAUCCUCAAUCCAAGGGAAAAAAACUGUAAAUUGAAAUGAAAAUCUGAUAAAGAAGUAAUUUUUAAUCGCUCUUUCUUCUCGAAAUGCGUCUAAAUCACGUUGAAUCUGCCAAGAAACGUGUACCCUGAGAGGAAUUUUCCAAAGAUUUAUAACUCAAAUCACUCUUCUUUCCCCAUGGAGGUUCAAGCUGAAAUGGAGCCUACCUCGUCCAUUAGUUUAGUCGCAGCUGUUUCAUAUGGCAUUGCUUCAAUGGCAAUGGUUUUUAUCAACAAGGCUGUGAUUAUGCAGUAUCCACAUUCCAUGACUGUUCUUACUCUUCAGCAAUUGGCUACUUCUUUGCUUAUACACUUUGGUAGACGAAUGGGAUACACAAGAGCUAAAGGAAUUGAUAUGGCUACGGCCAAAAAGCUUCUUCCGGUUUCUAUCUUCUACAAUGCUAAUGUUGCAUUUGCUCUUGCAAGUUUGAAAGGAGUAAACAUUCCAAUGUAUAUCGCCAUUAAGAGACUCACUCCACUUGCUGUUUUGAUUUCUGGGGUUUUGUUUGGUAAAGGCAAACCAACAACUCAGGUUGCUCUAUCUGUACUACUUACCGCUGCAGGCUGUGUAAUUGCAGCUCUUGGUGAUUUUUCUUUUGAUCUUUUUGGGUAUGGUUUGGCUUUAACAUCUGUCUUUUUCCAGACUAUGUACCUUGUGCUGGUGGAGAAGUCUGGUGCAGAAGACGGGCUUUCCUCCAUCGAGAUAAUGUUCUAUAACAGCUUCCUUUCUCUCCCAUUUUUGUCCAUCCUCAUCAUAGUUACCGGCGAAUUCCCAAACUCUCUAUCACUAUUACUUGCAAAGGUUAGAAACUUCAUCAUUCCAAGCUUGCGGCUAUUCUCAGAAACUAGUCUCUUCAAAAUGUCAAAAUCAAUUUUUUUUUCUUUGACAGUGUUCUUAUUUGCCGUUCUUGGUGAUUCUCAUUCUUUCACUGGUUAUGGGCAUUGUCCUCAACUUCACCAUGUUUCUUUGCACCAUUGUGAACUCUGCACUAACAACAACCAUCGUUGGUGUUCUCAAAGGCGUUGGUUCCACUACGCUCGGUUUUGUCCUCUUGGGUGGUGUUGAAGUACAUGCUUUGAACGUGUCCGGUUUAGUGGUCAACACAGCUGGUGGUGUGUGGUACUCAUAUGCCAAGUACCGACAGAAAAAGGCUAAACCGGCUAAGCUAAUGUCUGAUUUGGAAGCUCACAAAAAAUGAGAAUUUCGGUCCGGUUUGGUUUCGUUUGGGAAGGCAUUACCCCGGUUUAUAGACUUUGCCACUCAAAUCAAUGAUCAGAACGAACCGAUGUAUUUGAGAGUUGAACCAGGAAAAUCGGUCCUAGAGUGAGAUUUAAUUUUGAUGUGAAACUUCAUUGAUCAGUUAAUUUCUCGUUUAGGUUAAGAAAAAAAAAAAAUCAAUACCUAUUUUUAUAUGUAGAUGCAAUCAUGCUAAUGUAUAAUUGUUAAGUUGUGGCUGUAGCAUAACCAUAUUAAACAUUAGACAUGUGUUGGUAUCAACUAUCAACUAUCAAGAACACAUGAAAUGUUUGUUCUAUUUAAUGGUGG